UACCUAUUUGAAAAGCUACUGCAUACAAGGCAUCUUCUCUGGCUUAUUGUAUCAUAAUGUAAUAGUCUCUUAUUUUCUUAUUUUGUGAAACAUUUAGUGCGUCAUUUUUAUGAGCUCUGCACAUUUCCUCUCACUGAGUCAUUUCGCAAAGACACUGACCACAGCACCCGGAGGAUGCCGAGAGUAAUUUCCCUUCACAUCACACAGGAGUCUCGCUGCAACACGAGACCGACAUAACCCAGGAGCUCCUCAGCAUCAGAACCAUGUCGGUACCGCAGACGGGCGAGGCAGCAUCCUCCCUUCAGUUAUGCAGGAUUAUGCGGCCAGACGACGCCAACAUUGUGGGUAACGUCCAUGGUGGCAUCAUCCUCAAGAUGAUAGAGGAAGCUGGAUGCAUUGUUGGCACGCGGCACUGCAACACACAGAACGGGGAUCGCUGCUUGGCAGCUCUGGUUCGAGUGGAGAAGACAGAGUUCCUGUUUCCUGUGUUCAUUGGUGAGGUCGCCCAUGUCACUGCUGAGAUCACGUACACCUCCAAGCACUCGCUGGAGGUUCAGGUCAAAGUUGUGGCUGAGAAUAUCCUCACAGGUGCCAAAAAACUGUCCAACAAGGCAGCGCUGUGGUACGUCCCCUGCUCUCUGCAGAAUGUUGACAAGAUCAUGGAGGUGCCACCCAUCAAGUAUGCUAGUGCUGAACAAGAGGAGGAGGGCAGGAAGCGCUACGAGGCUCAGAAGAUGGAGAGACUGGAGACCAAGGCAAGGACUGAAGAGGUGAUGCCAUCUCCACCCAACCCAGAGGACCCACCAAAAGAACCGCACACUGUUGGCUUCAGCCAGUCAAGUCUGAUUCAUCUGGUGGGCCCUUCAGACUGUACACUACAUGACUAUGUUCAUGGGGGUGUGACCAUGAAACUGAUGGAUGAGGUCGCGGGUAUUGUGGCAGCCCGUCACUGCAACACCAAUAUUGUCACUGCCUCUGUGGAUGCCAUCAAUUUCCAUCGCAAGAUCAAGAAAGGAUGUGUGGUGACGGUGACGGGACGACUCACAUUCGUCAGUAACAAAUCUAUGGAAAUUGAGGUGUUGGUAGAUGCUUCCUCACUGGUGGAGGCAGAGAAGGGGAAAUAUCGUGCCGUCUCAGCUUUCUUCACCUUCAUCUCCCUGGACAAGGACAAUAAGCCCCUGCCUGUCCCUCCCCUCAAGAUUGAGGGAGAGGAGGAGCAGAGACGUUUUGAAGAGGGCAAAGCACGAUACCUCCAGAAUAAAGCAAAGAGACUCUCAGAUAAGACGCGUGGGCAGUGACACCGCCACUCAGAUUUUACCACCUGCUGCAAGAAUAUAUUAACCCCACACAACAUACACUAUGAAGGAAAUGAAGUAAACCUUAUUUUCUGCUUUGUGAUUAUUGCUUCCUGUUGAACCUGAAUCUGUGUGUUUUUUUUUUUUUUCUGGUUCGAAACCAAACCAUCCACAUAUUUGGAGAGAUUUUUAAUGAUGUAUGAAGGCUCCUUGAUCGCUGUCUGUCUUCUGUCUGUGUGUAAAAGAGUAUUACUUUGUUUGUUGAAGAUCUUUCAGUAUGAAGACUUAAUUAUCAUGUCAGUGUAAAGUGAUAGUCUGAGCACAGGGAAAAUGAUGAAUAAGUGAGUGAGUAAUGAUGAAUAAAAGAUCCAAGCGCCA